AGGAGUGAGACUGGAAGGUUUUUCUCCAGGUGCUUUUCUGCUGCUCAUGUUUUCCCUCCAGGACUGGUCAGCCAACCCGAUGUUUGAAAGGAAGGACAACAAGAAAGAGGCCCUGUUAGACUUGGACGGGAGGAUGGCCAACCUCAACAAGCGCUACACCGCAGUCAAGGAUGCUGGCCUGAAGAUCCAGGCCAUGGUCGCGGAAAAUGCAGAACUCUUCAGAGCGGAUACAACAAGCCAGUCCUGGAAGGAUUAUGUCAACUACAUUGACAGCAUGGUCUUAGAUGAAUUUGACCAAUUCGUUCGCAAGUCUCUAAAUUACCUGAUUGACAACAUGGUUGCAGAUGAGAGCGUCGCGCCGCUGUUCGAGGUCCGCAUGGAGCUGGAGGACGACGGGCUGGUCUUCAGUCCAUCCCUGGAGGUGGGCGGGGACCGAGGCUUCCUGGCGCUGAUCGGGAGCCUGGUCACUGACAUCUACAACACAGCCAAGCUCAUCCCCCGACUGGCCAAGGGCAGGUUGCACUAUAAGACCGAUCUGGAAGACAUGACGGACCUCAUAGAGAUGCGGGAGGAGAUUUCCAACCUGGUCAUCAGCGCCAUGAAGGAGGCCGAGGAGUACCAGGACUCCUUAGAGCGCUACUCCUACCUGUGGACGGACGACCCACAGGAGUUCAUGAAGAAUUUCCUCACGUACGGGCACGCCAUCAGCCGGGAGGACUUGGACGGCCGACCUGAGGAGACCCUCCCCAAGACGCCGCCCAGCCUCACCCAGUUCCAGCGGCAGAUCGACUCCUACGAGAAGCUGUAUGAAGAGGUGUCCAAGUGCGACAAUACCAAGGUGUUCAACGGCUGGCUGCAGUGUGACUGCCGCCCCUUCAAGCAGGCCCUCCUCAACACCAUCAAGCGCUGGAGCCUCAUGUUCAAGCGGCACCUGAGCAACCACGUCAUCAACAGCCUCGCGGACCUGGAAGCCUUCAUGAAAGUUGCCAGGAUGGGCUUAACAAAGCCCGUUAAGGAUGGGGAUUAUGACGGCCUCGUUGAAGUGAUGGGGCAUCUGAUGAAGGUCAAGGAGAGGCAGACGGCCACAGACAACAUGUUUGAGCCCCUGAAGCAGACCAUUGAGCUGCUCAAGUCCUACGGGGAGGAGAUGCCCGAGGAGACGCACGUGAAGCUGCAGGAACUGCCGGAACAGUGGGCGAACACCAAGAAGCUGGCCAUCCAGGUGAAGCAGAACGUGUCGCCCCUGCAGGCCAACGAGGUCAGCAUCCUGAGGCGGAAGUGCCAGCAGUUCGAGCUCAAGCAGCACGAGUUCAGAGAAAAGUUCAGGCAAGAAGCCCCGUUCAGCUUCAGCGACCCUGACCCCUACAAGUCCCUCAAUAAGCAACAAAAGAGCAUCGCAGCCAUGGAGAGCAUCAUGGAGGCGCUGUGCAAGUCCGGCAGCCUGUUCGAGGUCAGCGUCCCGGACUACAAGCAGCUCAAGGCUUGUCACAAAGAGGUCCGCCUGCUGAAGGAGCUCUGGGACAUGAUCAUCAUGGUCAACACCAGCAUUGAUGCCUGGAAGACCACCAAGUGGAAGAACAUCAACGUGGAGCAGAUGGACAUAGACUGUAAGAAGUUCGCCAAGGACGUGAGGUCCCUGGACAAGGAGAUGAAGAGCUGGGAUGCCUUCGUGGGGCUGGACAACACCGUGAAGAACAUGAUCACGUCCCUGCGUGCUGUGAGCGAGCUGCAGAACCCCGCCAUCCGGGACCGCCACUGGCAGCAGCUCAUGCAGGCCACCCAGGUGAAAUUUGAAAUGUCAGAUGAGACCACCCUGGCAGAUUUACUCCAGCUGAACCUACACAAAUACGAGGACGAGGUCCGAAACAUUGUCGACAAGGCUGUGAAGGAGUCUGGGAUGGAAAAGGUGCUGAAGGCCCUGGACAGCACCUGGUCCACCAUGGAGUUUGAGCACGAGCCGCACCCACGGACGGGCACCAUGAUGCUCAAGUCAGACGAGGUGCUGGUGGAGACGCUGGAGGACAACCAGGUGCAGCUGCAGAACCUGAUGAUGUCCAAGUACCUGUCCCACUUCCUGAAGGAGGUGACCAGCUGGCAGCAGAAGCUGUCCACGGCGGACUCGGUCAUCUCCAUCUGGUUCGAGGUCCAGAGAACCUGGAGCCACCUGGAGAGCAUCUUCAUUGGUUCCGAAGACAUCCGUGCCCAGCUGCCGGAGGAUUCCAGGAGCUUUGAUGACAUCGACCGGGAGUUCAAGGCCCUGAUGGAAGACGCGGUGAAAACACCCAAUGUGGUCGAAGCCACCAACAAACCUGGCCUCUAUGACAAACUUGAGGACCUGAAGAAGAGGUUGGCUGUGUGCGAAAAGGCCUUGGCCGAAUAUUUAGAGACGAAAAGAUUGGCUUUCCCCAGGUUCUACUUUGUCUCUUCAGCUGACCUCUUGGACAUUCUCUCCAACGGAAAUGACCCUGUGGAGGUGAGCCGCCACCUGUCCAAGCUCUUCGACAGCCUGUGUAAACUGAGGUUCCUCCUGGAUGCCAGCGGGAAGCCGCUCAAGUUCGGCCUGGGCAUGUACAGCAAGGAGGACGAGUAUGUGGACUUUGACCAGGAGUGCGACCUCUCGGGGCAGGUGGAGGUCUGGCUGAACCGCGUGCUGGACAGGAUGUGCGCCACGCUCCGCCACGAGAUCCCCGAAGCCGUGGUGACCUACGAGGAGAAGCCGAGGGAGCAGUGGAUCUUUGACUACCCCGCCCAGAUCGCACUCACGUGCACCCAAAUCUGGUGGACCACCGAGGUGGGCUUGGCGUUUGCCAGGCUGGAGGAAGGCUACGAAAAUGCCAUCAAAGAUUACAACAAGAAGCAGAUCAGCCAGCUGAACGCACUCAUCACCCUGCUCAUUGGAAACCUCAACGCGGGAGACAGAAUGAAGAUCAUGACCAUCUGUACCAUCGACGUCCACGCCCGGGAUGUGGUGGCCAAGAUGAUCACCGCCAAGGUGGAGAGCUCCCAGGCCUUCACCUGGCAGUCCCAGCUGCGGCACCGCUGGGACGAGGAGAAGAAGCACUGCUUUGCCAACAUCUGCGAUGCCCAGAUCCAGUACUCAUAUGAGUACCUGGGCAACACGCCACGGCUGGUCAUCACCCCACUCACGGACAGAUGCUACAUAACCUUGACCCAGUCCCUGCAUCUGAUCAUGGGCGGAGCUCCCGCUGGCCCCGCCGGGACCGGCAAGACAGAGACGACCAAGGACCUGGGCAGAGCCCUGGGCACCAUGGUCUACGUCUUCAACUGCUCCGAGCAGAUGGACUACAAGUCCUGCGGAAAUAUCUACAAGGGCCUGGCCCAGACCGGAGCCUGGGGCUGCUUUGACGAGUUUAAUCGGAUCUCCGUGGAGGUCUUGUCUGUGAUCGCUGUACAGGUAAAAUGUGUCCAAGAUGCGAUUCGGGCCAAGAAGAAAACGUUUAAUUUCCUGGGAGAGAUGAUAAGUCUCAUCCCCACCGUCGGCAUCUUCAUCACCAUGAACCCGGGGUACGCCGGGCGCACGGAGCUGCCGGAGAACUUAAAGGCCUUGUUCAGGCCCUGCGCCAUGGUGGUCCCCGACUUUGAACUGAUAUGCGAGAUCAUGCUGGUGGCAGAGGGCUUUCUGGAGGCCCGCCUUCUGGCCAGGAAGUUCAUCACACUCUACACCUUGUGCAAAGAGCUGCUGUCAAAGCAGGAUCACUAUGACUGGGGUCUGCGGGCCAUCAAGUCUGUGCUGGUGGUGGCCGGCUCCCUGAAGAGGGGCGACCCCAGCCGGGCAGAGGACCAGGUGCUGAUGCGGGCGCUCAGGGACUUCAACAUCCCCAAGAUCGUCACUGACGACCUGCCCGUGUUCAUGGGGCUCAUCGGGGACCUCUUCCCCGCCCUGGAUGUGCCUCGGAAACGGGACCUGAAUUUUGAGAAGGUCAUCAAGCAGAGCAUUGUGGAGCUCAAGCUGCAGGCGGAGGACAGCUUCGUGCUGAAGGUGGUGCAGCUGGAGGAGCUGCUGCAAGUCCGGCACUCGGUGUUCGUCAUCGGGAACGCGGGCAGCGGCAAGUCCCAGGUGCUUAGGUCUCUGAACAAGACCUACCAGAACCUGAAGAGGAAGCCGGUGGCCGUGGACCUGGACCCCAAGGCUGUCACCUGUGACGAACUCUUUGGCAUCAUCAACCCGGCAACCAGGGAGUGGAAAGAUGGCCUCUUCUCCACCAUCAUGCGGGACCUGGCCAACAUCACACAUGACGGCCCCAAGUGGAUCGUGCUGGACGGGGACAUAGACCCCAUGUGGAUUGAGUCCCUCAACACCGUCAUGGACGACAACAAGGUCCUCACCCUGGCCAGCAACGAGCGGAUCCCCCUGAACCGCACCAUGCGGCUGGUGUUUGAGAUCAGCCACCUGAGGACGGCCACGCCGGCCACCGUCUCCAGAGCCGGCAUUCUGUACAUCAACCCUGCCGAUCUAGGCUGGAACCCGGUGGUGAGCAGCUGGAUCGAGAGGCGCAAGGUGCAGUCAGAGAAGGCCAACCUGAUGAUCCUUUUCGACAAGUACCUGCCCACCUGCCUGGACAAGCUCCGCUUCGGGUUUAAGAAGAUCACGCCAGUGCCCGAGAUCACCAUCAUCCAGAUGAUCCUCUACCUGCUCGAGUGCCUCCUCACCGAGAAGAACGCGCCGCCCGACUCCGCCAAGGAGCUCUACGAGCUCUACUUCGUGUUCGCCUGCUUCUGGGCCUUCGGGGGGGCCAUGUUCCAGGACCAGCUUGUAGAUUAUCGGGUCGAGUUCAGCAGGUGGUGGAUCAAUGAAUUUAAGACGAUCAAGUUCCCCUCACAGGGGACGGUCUUCGACUACUACAUAGACCCCGACACCAAGAAGUUCCUGCCAUGGACGGACAAAGUGCCCGCCUUCGAGCUGGACCCUGACGUCCCGCUGCAGGCCUCACUGGUGCACACCACGGAAACCAUCCGUAUCCGCUACUUCAUGGACCUGCUCAUGGAGAAGUCGUGGCCGGUCAUGCUGGUGGGGAACGCGGGGACGGGCAAGUCGGUGCUGAUGGGGGACAAGCUGGACAGCCUGAGCACAGACGAUUACCUGGUGCAGGCCGUGCCCUUCAACUUCUACACGACCUCGGCCAUGCUGCAGGGUGAGGUCGAGGCCGAGUACGACCGGCAGAAGCUGACACUGAAGGACGUGCACAACUGUCAGUACGUGGCGUGCAUGAACCCCACUUCCGGGUCCUUCACCAUCGACCCCAGACUUCAGCGCCACUUCUGCGUGUUUGCGGUGAGCUUCCCAGGCCAGGAGGCCCUCAUGAGCAUCUACAGCACCAUCCUGACCCAGCACCUGUCCUACCGCUCGGCGCCCCUUGUGGUCCAGAGGAUGAGCAGCCACCUGGUGGCCUCCGCCCUGGCCCUGCACCAGAAAGUGACAUCAACGUUUCUUCCCACGGCCAUUAAGUUUCAUUAUGUGUUCAACCUCAGGGACCUCUCCAAUAUUUUCCAGGGGCUCCUGUUCUCCUCCGCAGAGAUCCUGAAGCUCCCGCUGGACCUCGUUCGCCUCUGGCUACACGAGGCUGAGCGCGUGUACGGCGACAAGAUGGUGGAUGAGAAGGACCAGGACACGCUGCGCAGGGUCACCAUCGCUUCCACCAAGAAGUUCUUUGAUGAUCUCGGUGAUGAGCUCCUAUUUGCCAAACCAAACAUCUUCUGCCACUUUGCUCACGGGAUCGGAGACCCCAAAUACCUGCCGGUGACCGACCUGGCUCCGCUGAACAAGCUCCUGGUGGAAGUCCUGGACAGUUACAACGAGGUCAACGCAGUCAUGAACCUGGUACUGUUCGAGGACGCGGUGGCCCACAUCUGCAGGAUCAACCGCAUCCUGGAGUCCCCGCGGGGCAACGCCCUACUGGUGGGGGUGGGCGGCAGCGGCAAGCAGAGCCUCUCCCGCCUGGCCGCGUACAUCAGCGCCCUGGACGUGUUCCAGAUCACCCUCAAGAAGGGCUACGGGAUCCCGGACCUCAAGCUCGACCUCGGCGCCCAGUACAUCAAGUCAGCCGUGAAGAACGUUCCCUCGGUGUUCCUGAUGACCGACUCCCAGGUGGCCGAGGAGCAGUUCCUGGUGCUGAUCAACGACCUGCUGGCCUCGGGGGAGAUUCCCGGGCUGUUCACGGAUGACGAGGUGGAGAACAUCAUCUCCUCCAUGCGGCCCCAGGUGAAGUCCCUCGGCCUGACAGACACCCGGGAGGCAUGCUGGAAGUUCUUCAUUGACAAAGUGCGCAGGCACCUGAAGGUGAUCCUGUGUUUCUCCCCUGUGGGCUCCAUCCUGCGAGUGCGAGCAAGAAAAUUCCCUGCUGUGGUCAACUGCACGGCCAUCAACUGGUUCCACGAGUGGCCAGAGGAUGCCCUGGUGUCUGUCAGCGCGCGCUUCCUUGAGGACACAGAGGGGAUUCAGCCGGAAGUCAAGGCCUCCAUCAGCCUCUUUAUGUCCUAUGUGCACACGACCGUCAAUGAGAUGUCCAAGGUGUACCUGGCCACCGAGAGGCGCUACAACUACACCACGCCCAAAACCUUCCUGGAGCAGAUCAAGCUGUACCAAAACCUGCUGGCCAAGAAGAGGAUGGAGCUGGUCGCCAAAAUCGAGAGGCUGGAGAACGGGCUGAUGAAGCUACAGAGCACGGCCUCUCAGGUGGAUGAUUUAAAAGCCAAGCUGGCAGUUCAGGAGGCAGAGCUCAAGCAGAAAAAUGAGAACGCGGACAAGCUGAUCCACGUGGUGGGUGUGGAGACAGAGAAAGUCAGCAAGGAGAAAGCUAUUGCUGACGAGGAGGAGAUCAAGGUGGAGGUCAUCAACAAGAAUGUCACCGAGAAACAAAAGGCCUGUGAAACGGACCUGGCCAAAGCAGAGCCGGCCCUGCUGGCUGCACAAGAGGCCCUUGACACUCUGAACAAGAACAACCUGACAGAGCUGAAGUCCUUCGGGUCCCCCCCGGAUGCCGUGGUCAAUGUCACAGCUGCUGUGAUGAUUCUGACUGCACCCGGGGGCAAGAUCCCCAAGGACAAGAGCUGGAAAGCUGCGAAAAUCAUGAUGGGCAAGGUGGACACCUUCCUGGACUCCUUGAAAAAGUUCGACAAGGAGCACAUCCCCGAGGCCUGCCUGAAAGCGUUCAAGCCCUACCAAGGCAACCCGACCUUCGACCCCGAGUUCAUCCGCUCCAAGUCUACGGCUGCCGCUGGCCUGUGCUCCUGGUGCAUCAACAUCGUCCGCUUCUACGAGGUCUACUGCGACGUGGCGCCCAAGAGGCAGGCCCUGGAGGAGGCCAACGCUGAGCUGGCCGAGGCCCAAGAGAAGCUCUCCCGCAUCAAGAACAAGAUCGCCGAACUCAACGCCAACCUGAGCAACCUGACGUCAGCAUUUGAGAAAGCGACGGCCGAGAAGAUCAAGUGCCAGCAGGAGGCUGACGCCACCAAUAGGGUGAUCUCGCUGGCUAACAGGCUGGUAGGAGGACUGGCGUCAGAAAACGUCCGCUGGGCCGAGUCGGUGGAGAACUUCAAAAGCCAGGGGGUCACACUGUGCGGGGACGUCCUGCUGAUCUCUGCCUUCGUCUCCUACGUGGGCUACUUCACCAAGAAAUAUCGCAAUGAGCUGAUGGAGAGGUUUUGGAUCCCUUACAUAAACCAUUUAAAGGUACCGAUCCCAAUCACGAACGGUCUGGACCCCUUGACCCUGCUGACUGACGACGCGGACGUGGCCACCUGGAACAACCAAGGGCUCCCCAGCGACCGCAUGUCCACGGAGAAUGCCACCAUCCUGUGUAACACGGAGCGCUGGCCCCUCAUCGUGGACGCCCAGCUGCAGGGCAUCAAGUGGAUCAAAAACAAAUAUGGCAGCGAGCUGAAGGCCAUCCGCCUGGGACAGAAGAGCUACCUGGACAUCAUCGAGCAGGCCAUCUCAGAAGGGGACACCUUGCUCAUCGAGAACAUUGGCGAGACCAUCGACCCGGUUCUGGACCCCCUGCUGGGCAGGAACACGAUCAAAAAGGGAAAGUACAUUAAGAUCGGCGACAAGGAGGUGGAGUACCACCCCAACUUCCGCCUGAUCUUGCAUACCAAGUACUUCAACCCCCACUACAAGCCCGAGAUGCAGGCCCAGUGCACCUUGAUCAACUUCCUGGUCACCAGGGACGGGCUGGAGGACCAGCUCUUGGCCGCCGUGGUGGCGAAGGAGCGCCCGGACCUGGAGCAGCUAAAGGCAAACCUCACCAAGUCCCAGAAUGAAUUUAAGAUUGUUCUGAAAGAGCUGGAGGAUUCUCUGCUGGCCCGGCUGUCGGCCGCAUCGGGCAACUUUCUGGGAGACACUGCCUUAGUGGAGAACCUGGAGACCACCAAACACACGGCUAGUGAGAUUGAGGAGAAAGUGCAAGAGGCAAAAAUCACAGAAGUUAAAAUUAACGAGGCGAGAGAGAACUACCGGCCGGCCGCGGCGAGGGCGUCCCUGCUGUACUUCAUCCUAAACGACCUCAACAAGAUCAACCCCAUCUACCAGUUCUCACUCAAGGCCUUCAACGUGGUGUUCGAGAAGGCCAUCCAGAAGACCACCCCCGCCGAUGAGGUCAAACAGCGCGUGAUCAACCUGACGGACGAGAUCACGUACUCGGUGUACAUGUACACGGCCCGCGGGCUCUUCGAGCGUGACAAGCUCAUCUUCCUCGCACAGGUGGCAUUUCAGGUCUUGUCCAUGAAGAAGGAGCUGAACCCUGUGGAGCUGGACUUCCUCCUGCGGUUCCCGUUCAAGGCCGGGGUCGUGUCGCCCGUGGACUUCCUGCAGCACCAGGGCUGGGGCGGUAUCAAGGCCCUCUCGGAGAUGGAUGAGUUCAAGAACCUAGACAGCGACAUCGAGGGGUCCGCCAAGCGGUGGAAGAAGCUGGUGGAGUCGGAAGCCCCGGAAAAGGAGAUCUUCCCCAAGGAGUGGAAGAACAAGACGGCGCUGCAGAAGCUGUGCAUGGUGCGGUGCAUGCGGCCUGACCGCAUGACCUACGCCGUCAAGAACUUUGUGGAGGAGAAGAUGGGCAGCAAGUUCGUGGAGGGCCGGAGCGUCGAGUUCUCCAAGUCCUACGAGGAAAGCAGCCCCUCCACCCCCAUCUUCUUCAUCCUCUCCCCAGGAGUCGACCCCCUGAAGGACGUGGAAGCCCUGGGGAAAAAAUUGGGAUUUACCAUAGACAACGGGAAACUCCAUAACGUGUCCCUGGGACAGGGACAAGAGGUGGUGGCCGAGAACGCCCUGGACAUGGCGGCGGAGAACGGACACUGGGUUAUCCUGCAGAACAUCCACCUGGUGGCCCGGUGGCUAAGCACCCUGGACAAGAAGCUGGAGCGGUACAGCGUAGGCAGCCAUGAUGACUACCGCGUGUUCAUCAGCGCCGAGCCGGCCCCCAGCCCCGAGAGCCACAUCAUCCCCCAGGGCAUCCUGGAGAAUGCCAUCAAGAUCACCAACGAGCCGCCCACGGGCAUGUACGCCAACCUGCACAAGGCCCUGGACCUCUUCACGCAGGACACGCUGGAGAUGUGCACCAAGGAAAUCGAGUUUAAGUGCAUCCUCUUCGCCCUGUGCUACUUCCACGCCGUGGUGGCCGAGCGGCGCAAGUUCGGAGCCCAAGGCUGGAACCGCUCGUACCCCUUCAACAACGGGGACCUCACCAUCUCCAUCAAUGUGCUCUACAACUACCUGGAGGCGAACCCCAAGGUGCCCUGGGACGACCUCCGCUACCUCUUCGGGGAGAUCAUGUACGGCGGCCACAUCACCGACGACUGGGACCGCCGGCUCUGCAGGACCUACCUGGCAGAGUACAUCCGGGCGGAGAUGCUGGAGGGGGAGAUCUUGCUGGCCCCCGGCUUUCAGAUCCCCCCCAACCUGGACUACAAGGGCUAUCACGAAUACAUCGACGAGAACCUGCCCCCCGAGAGCCCCUACCUGUACGGCCUGCACCCCAACGCGGAGAUCGGCUUCCUGACGGUCACCUCGGAGAAGCUGUUCCGCACCGUCCUGGAGAUGCAGCCCAAGGAGACGGACUCGGGGGCCGGCACCGGGAUCUCCCGCGAGGAGAAGGUGAAGGCCGUGCUGGACGAGAUCCUGGAGAAGAUCCCGGAGACGUUCAACAUGGCCGAGAUCAUGGCCAAGGCCGCCGAGAAGACCCCCUACGUGGUGGUCGCCUUCCAGGAAUGUGAGAGGAUGAACAUCCUGACCAACGAAAUGCGUCGCUCGCUGAAGGAGCUGAACCUGGGGCUGAAGGGAGAACUGACCAUCACAACCGACAUGGAGGACCUGUCCACAGCCCUGUUCUAUGACACUGUGCCUGACUCCUGGGUGGCCCGGGCCUACCCCUCCAUGAUGGGCCUGGCGGCCUGGUAUGCUGACCUGCUGCUCCGCAUCAGGGAGCUCGAGGCCUGGACCACGGACUUCGCGCUGCCCACCACCGUGUGGCUGGCCGGCUUCUUCAACCCCCAGUCUUUCCUCACGGCCAUCAUGCAGUCCAUGGCCAGGAAGAACGAGUGGCCGCUGGACAAGAUGUGUCUAUCCGUGGAGGUGACCAAGAAGAAUCGGGAGGAUAUGACCGCACCCCCCCGGGAGGGCUCCUACGUUUACGGGCUCUUCAUGGAAGGAGCUCGCUGGGACACCCAGCUCGGAGUCAUCGCCGAAGCGCGGCUGAAAGAGCUGACGCCAGCCAUGCCCGUCAUCUUCAUCAAGGCCAUCCCUGUGGACCGCAUGGAGACCAAGAACAUCUAUGAGUGUCCCGUGUAUAAAACACGCAUCCGCGGCCCCACCUACGUCUGGACCUUCAACUUGAAGACCAAGGAGAAGGCAGCCAAGUGGAUCCUGGCGGCCGUGGCACUGCUCCUCCAGGUCUAGCUGGAGAGAGGGCCACGCUGCCCUGGGCCAGGUCCUGAUCACAACUCCAGAUUCACAGUUGGGAACCCAGCCUUGCAACUGUCAUUUAUUUUCACAGGAACUGACGGCUGCUUUUUGUUCUCCUAAAUAAUCGAGGCACUUCAUAAGCACGCACAUCUGGACUAACCAGAGGGGGGAAGGUAGCGUGAAGAGGGGGUGUGGACAGGAUUAAAACAAUGGGCUACUGA